AUGCCGGUGACGCCCAACGAUGACAUUGUGGAGAUCAGUCGACGCUGUGAUUUUCUUUGCAUGGCAUUGGCCAGUGCGGAGGAUGGUGUAAAAACGAACCCGACUCAAAGGUAUAUGUAUUUGUGUAAGGCCAGUGGGGAGCGUCCAAACCACACGUUCCUGCACUUUAGUAAGGGUACAUGUGGCACUCGUCUAGAUCUGCACCGCGCCUACCUGAGCCAACGGGCCAUUUUGCCCAUUCUCCUUACAUUACCCUUCUGCCCAUGGCUCGAACACAUUAAUCUGCGUGAGGAGCGCCUCACUACCACCCUCGUAGAAUUACUCUGUGAGUCGCUGCGUAAUCUCCCGUGUAUCAGAACCAUUGACGUUUCAAUGAACCCGUUUGGUUCGUUUGGUGUGCAAGCGCUGCUCAGGCUUGUCCUGCGGAAACGCAGCAUUGUCGAUUGCUAUGUGGGGGACGCUCAAAGCGUGGGAUCGUUGCUGCGUCGUCUGCAGAUGGCAUGUGAAAGGAACAGGCGAGACGCAGUUGACAUGGAGGAAGAUGAAGAAGAGGAAGAGGAAGAUGAAGAAGAGGAAAAAGCAUUUUCCACGCUUCCCGCGGAGUGCCCCGGAAGUUAA